AAAUGGAAAAGGUUAAAGAAGCUAUUGCAGUGGAAAAGAAAUGGGAAAAAAACGUAAGAGCACUUUCAUACUUUUUCUCGUUACACAACUGCAAUGGCUGCCCAGGAAGAGAAAAGCCAAACGCGGAUUGAUUUGUCCAAACUAUGGAGUCAUGAAGGUGGCCCUUAUGAAGAAAGCAUCGAGGAAAGAUACAGACGAGAAAAAGAUGAAAUGCUUCAAAUUAUUAUUGAGAAAACCAUGCUUCUAAACAAAUUGGAGGAGGAGUAUGAAAAAGAGCUUGAACGAUCAAAACAACUUUCAAAUGCUUUAAAGAAAACGGAGAAAGAUCUGAAAGAAAAGGAUGCCACAUUGAAGAAAUUUCAAAAAAACCAUUCCAAUCUUCUUUGGGAAGUGAGUCGAGAGCAGAAUGAACGAUGGCUUAUUAAAAAUCAAACCAACACAAAGAAGAAAAAUACUGCAUCUGAAACGUGGCAUCAAAUACGGGAAGAUACAAAAAAAUGACUUUAAAAAACAUUUUCCUAAAAUAUUUUUUAUGAAUUUAUAACCAUGCUUUUAUGAAACACAUUUGUAGAUACACACACAUUCACUAUAAGUUUGCUUAUGUACUUUGUAUACACUCACAGCUUGUCCGCCAUCUUUGUUACUAAAAUACAGCAUCAUAUGCACUA